AUGAUCGAUCCAGAGGACUUUGACGUCUAUCCAGUCGGCAGACAACCUUUUGAGACAAGUGCAACAUCCGUAGAUGCUUCUAAGCUCAUUUUCCAGCACUCCUUCUAUGUCUACAUCUCCAUCUCUAAGUAUCCAUUCUAA